CCUCCCUGUCAUGUCCCCCAGCUCUGUCUGCCCCAUUCUCUGCCAGGACCCUGUCCACUGCCCGCCCUCCUUCUGCAGGGUGUGACUCCUUCCCUCCCUCCUGGGCAGCUCCAGGGCUCAGCCCCAGGUAUAAAGCCACUUAAGGGACAGACAGGUGCCCUGGAAAGCCCCAGAGACUGCGGAGAGGAAGGCGCCCAGGAGGGAGCAUGAGCUGUCCGCUGGCCCCCCUCUGCCUACUGAGCCUGCUGUUGCCACCCCUGAGACUGGCAGCCCCCCUCUCCCCAGCUGAGCCCAUCAGUCAAGCCUACAGCCUGGCCCUCUACAUGCAGAAGAAUACCUCAACGCUGCUGCAGACCUAUCUCCAGCACCAGGGCAGCCCUUUCAGUGACCCUGGCUUCUCAGCCCCUGAGCUCCAGCUCAGCAGCCUGCCUCCUGCUGCAGUCCCUUUUAAGAUCUGGCACGCCCUAGAUGACGGUGAGCGGCUUAGCCGGGCCCAAGGAGCCUUCCUGGCCUUGACUCAGCACCUCCAGCUCGUGGGGGACGAUCAGAGCGACCUGAAUCCUGGUAGCCCUGUCCUGCUGGCCCAGCUCGGAGUUGCAAGACUGAGAGCCCAAGGCCUGCUUGGCAAUGUGGCUGCCAUCAUGAAUGCCCUCGGGCUACCUAUUCCCCCGGAAGAGGACACUCUCGGGGUUGUCCCCUUUGGGGCCUCCGCCUUCGAAAGAAAAUGUCGAGGGUAUGUAGUGACCCGGGAAUAUGGCCACUGGACAGACCGAGCUGUGAGGGAUUUGGCUCUGCUCAAGACCAAGUACCCAGCAUAAAGGGCAGGACGUCCUGUCAGAGUCUGCAGCGAUUCCUCUUUCACAUUGUCUUUUCCCGAGCCUGGCGUGGCGGCGCAUGCCUGUAAUCCCAGCACUCGGGAGGCUGAGG